ACCUGUGUGUUAAGAAAGGGAAAAAAAAUAUUUUGGUGAGGUUGGGCGUUAUGCGGGUAGAUUUCUUUUACGGCACAAUGGGACAGGAGAUGGUUUUGAAGAAAUAAGACUCCUCUGCCAGUGUGGGGUCCGCCUGAAUUAUCUUAGCUCUGCUUCUUUGCUGUGGGAUGGAUUUUACAUCGAGCUGAUUCUCAUGUCCUGUAAACUAUCUUGAGGAACACAGCAUCAAGGUGACAAGAACUUCGGGUCGGCACAUUGAGGAGCACGUCUGUAACUUAGAGUCUGGAAACCUUGAAGCAACCGCACGCCGGCUGACUCUCUUCCUCGGAGGCAAGGACACUAAGCACUUUGAACAAUGGCUUUGAUGGUGGUCAAGUUUGACUUGAAAAAGCGAGUGAAGCUUGCUCAGACGGUCUGGUUCAUGUACUGGUUUGCCGUGCUGGCCGGCAUCCUUGUGCUGAGCCUGGGCCUGUUCUUCAAGAUUGAGCUGAGAAAGCGCUCAGAACUUAUGGACAACAACGAGAGCCACUUCUUGCCCAACUUGCUCAUAGCUAUGGGUCUUAUAGCGUGUGGCAUGAAUGCCUUUGGAGGCAAAGUCUGCUACGACUCCCUGGACCCUAUUAAGUUUGCAAAGUGGAAGCCGAUGUUAAAGCCCUUUUUGGUGUUCUGCCUGGGGUUCAACGCCCUGCUUGUUGUCACCGCCCUGCUGUGCUUUGUGAUGAGGAUCCCUCUGCAGUUUACCCUGGCUGAGGGUCUGAAGAACGGCAUGAAGUACUACAAGGACACGGACACGCCGGGACGCUGCUACAUGAAGAGGACCCUGGACCUGAUGCAGAUGGAGUUCCGCUGCUGCGGGAACGAUCACUACAGGGAUUGGUUUGAGAUUCAGUGGGUCAGCAACCGGUACCUGGACUUCAGCGCAAAGGAAGUCAAAGAUCGCAUCGGGAGCAACGUGGAUGGCCAAUAUUUGAUGGAUGGAGUGCCGUUCAGCUGCUGCAACCCCAGUUCCCCCAGACCCUGCAUCCAGUACCAGAUGACCAACAACUCAGCUCACUACAGCUACGACCACUACACCGAGGAGCUCAAUGUGUGGAGACGUGGCUGCCGGGACGCCUUGCUGUCCUACUACGGAGGCAUAAUGAAUACAAUCGGAGCCCUGGUGUUUCUGGUCACAAUGCUGGAGGUCGCUGUGACCAUCGGCCUGCAGUACGUCGACAGCUCCCUGUCCACCCUGGCCAACCCGGAGGACAUAGAGAGCGAGAGCGAGGGCUUCCUCCUGGAGAAGACCGUGAAGGAGACGUUCACCGACAUCAUGGCCAAAAUGAAAGCCAUGGGCAAAGGCACAAAGGUGGAGGAAGGGGGUGAGGAGGGCGUCGCCACUGUCAGCUGAGCAAACCCCGCCCGCCUGCAGAAAACUGUGAAAACGUCCACCUGAUGUGGCGAGAAAAAGGGCACAUUUUCUACCAGACUUUAUUUCCCAGCUCGACCAACUCACGUACAGACAUGGCCAAAAUGUGUUGGCAGCCCUGAUACACGUGCAGUUUAUAGCCUAUUAAAUUCAUUUUUUUAAUUAUUAUUAUUAUUAUUGCUGCAGCAUAAAUUUGCAGAGAAGAUUUUACAAGACGGCACGUUUCUGAUUUCAAUGAAGAAAUUAAGGGGAAAUUAAGAAAUAAUUGUUUUUAACAACUGAUGGCACAGCUAUUAUGUUAAUAUGUUGUACAAUCCCUUACUUUUGCCAUCAGGAGAGUACUUAGAGUUUCAAGUUCAGUCAUGCGGCGUACAACACUUCCUGAUUAUUCUGACAGAAAUAAUCAAAUAAUAUAAUAUAGGACUAGAUGCUCGAGAGUCCUGGGUUCUCUCCUGUGCUCUCUCUUUUUUUCAGCUCAUCCCAAAGCUUUUGUGGAGGAUGUAGCUCUGGGUACUGAGAUGACCGUGGAAGAAAUUUGACUUUGUAUGUGUUGAACCAUUUCUGUGUUGAUUUGGCCAUAUAUUAUGGAUCAUUAUCCUGCUAAAAGACCCAGCGAGAACUCAUUUUCAGUUUUCUGUCAGAAGUCAACCAAUCUUUACUUCAACAAUGUUCCAAGGGCUUUUGAGAGAGAAAGAAGCCAACAGCGUCACACAUUCUCCACUGAAUCUUAACUGAGGGAGUCAGGUGCUGAUUCAUAUAUUUAUUUAUUUAUUUUUUGUCGAUUGAAACUAGAUCUGUUGCAAGAAACCUCACUUUUGGUCACAUCUGUGACACAUUUUAAGUUCCAGGGGCGGUUAGCAUACUCCAUCGUUUUAUGGUAAUAGGACCGUAGAGAGCUCUGCUGCUCUCUGAUAGUGAGCUUAAGGGUUUUUUAAAUUUACACUGUAGGUAUGGGUAAGUUUAGUUGAAUAUCUGUAGCAUCCUGGUAACGGGCAUCGACGCACACCUGCUUUACUUGAACGGCAUGUUCUCCUGUCUUUCCCCAAUUGAAGAGUGCCUAAGAGAAAUGGGUCAGCGAGUUGUGUAAUACAGUAAUUCCAGGGAAGCAGAAGAUCAUAUAUUACUAAUUAUACAUUCCUAAGACCAUGGGUUGAUUUAAAAAAGUAAAGUAUACAUAAAAAAUGAUUCACUUCACUUUAUUUUCAAACGGAUG